CGUUGGCAAAUAAAAUAAGAUCAAAGAAAGAAAUAGAAAAAAGGAAAGAGGAAAAUUUGAAUUUGGGUGAUUGGUUGAUAGAAGAAAGAAGAGUUACAAAAAAAAUAUUAAGUAAUGUCGUCCUCGUUGAUGAAGUUUGAGGAGCCUGGUGGUUCAGGAUUAAAAUCAGCAUCGAUAAUAUUAAUGAAAGAAGAGACAGAAUCGACAGGAUUCGACGAAGUUCUUACGAUAUCGUUCUUGUGAAAAUUCCUUCUUUUAUUUCCGUUAAACUCUUCUCCUUUUUCUUGGUUUUGUUUUCUUUUUUUAUCUUUUUUCCUCUUCUCCUUUAUCUCUAUCUAUCUUACUCUGCAUCCUUUCUAUACACUUUAACAAGUACUUCAAAAAGGCUCUUCGAAAGCAGCAACAUCGACAUCGACGAUUGAGAGACGCAACAGGGACGUAAAAAGUUUUCGUCAUCUUGCUCUCUCUCUCUCUCUCUCUCUUUCUCUCUCUUUUUCUCUCUCUCCCUUCCUCUGAGCAGUCCUUUAUAUUCUUUCUUCUUUCUUCGACGUCGUUGAAAGUGGACAGCCGUCAGGAUGUUGCCCGCCAACGUGAUGUCCUUCAUGAAAAAGAUGGUGACGACGCAAUCGGAAUCAGGUACGACCGGUGCUGUUACACCGGAAGAGAGUGGAACAACAUUCAGCAAGUUGCGACAACUGGGUAGCGGAUUAAUGAUGGUAACGGGAAACGUCACGAAGUUGGCCCCAGCUAAAGUAACCCCGGUCGAGGAGAUACAACCAAAAGAAGAUACCAUCGAUACUAUUAUAAAAAAGCCUGAGGCAGGAAGUAAAACGAGCAGCGGUGAAGAAUGUAGAGUUUGCCGGAAAUCCUUUGGACCGGAAGAAGCUUCGAGGACUUGCUGCGAAUGUCAACACAAAGUUUGCGAGGAUUGUGCAUCGUACUCGACGACAACGAAUUCAGACGAUCAGUCAUCUUGGAGAUGCAGCGUUUGUCGUCGAAAGAUUGCCUCGAGGGACCAGCCAAUUGUGACGCAAGAGUCAACAGAUUCUCUUCUCGAAGUACCGAUUCUUGAAGCAUUGCAAAGAAGACAUAGCGAUGCAAGACUCGGUUGUCAAAGUGGCAGUCAACUAGGUGGUAUUGGAAGUGGCUUGGCACCACCAAGGAGCCCAGAAUUACGAAGACACUCUGAUGUAUCGCCUGCCAGCUUGAAGGAACUCGAAAAGUUUCGAAAGGUUGCAGGGGAGCGCCGAGAAGACCUAAAAUGGGAGAGAGAUCUCGAUCGUAAGAGUAAAUCUAGAGGUGGAUCACCGGACCGUCAUCAAGCGGAUAGAGGAAGAGGAACGAGUCCUCAGAGGGUCGUCAAGAGUUCUCAGCCUACAGUAGAAUCGGAAAUGGCGGGUUCAGGUGACUUGGAUGAUGAAGAGGAACGAAGACGACGUGCCCGUCGUAGUAGUAGUGCAGUCCGUCGUAAAUCUUUUGUGACAAGACAAAGAUCUUACGACGACGAGAUCAAACCAGCUGGGACAAUGGCCGGAAGUACGAGUCAGUCUCCACAUCCGGAUACUGGCCUUGGACUUCCGGUACAAUUGCCAAGACGUGCUUCGGCCUACGACGUUUACACGCCACCCGGAAGUGCUGGCUUGAACGCGGCCGCCAUUGCUUCGGCUCAACAAAGGGCCUCCAUUUCGGCUCAAGGUGCUCGCGAACCGGAAGACAGACCAAUUACACGUAGGGCAUCAUUUCGCACGGUGAAACCAAUGUUACCAUACGAGGUUGGUGCUGAUGAAGAGAAAAUCAUUAACAUGGAUCCAACACCGGUUCCCGUGGUCCAACAAACAGUAACACAAUCGCCUGUUUUAAUACCUGACGAGGAAAGACGUUCCAGGCGAAGAGGAUCACAAUUACCAGACAUAAACGCGAUAAGGGCACUAACAUCAGCUCCAGGAUCAGUCAAAGCCGCACAACCAGCUGUCGUCAGCAGAGUCACAACAGAGGAACGUGACUUACCUAGACAAGGUAGUCUCGUUGAUGGGGAGGGCAUUAAGAUCGUUAUUCAUGACGUCGACAGUGAUCUAGUGCCACGAGUGAACACGAAUAGAAGAGUGAAGCUGAGGAGAGACCCGGUCAUGGACAAAGGACACAGAACACGCGGUUUUGGCAUGAGAGUUGUGGGCGGGAAAACAGGAGCCGACGGUCGUACUUUCGCAUAUAUCGUUUGGACCGUUCCCGGUGGUCCAGCUGAAAAAGCUGGACUCCAGCAAGGCGAUAAGGUAUUAGAAUGGUCAGGUGUAUCCUUGAUCGAUAAAAGUUUCGAAGAAGUUGCACAAAUCAUCGAACGUACCGACGAUAUCGCCGAACUCGUCGUCGAACAUGCAACAGACAUUGUAGGUGAUUUACUGGACGAUCCUGGAAUGAUAUCGUCUUCUGGAAAAACAUCCAACAUGGGUCUUUUAAUGGAAACCGAAACGGACAAAACACCGUCCUCACCGACGCGCAGGAAACUGCCAAAAACGCCGGAACAAAUCGCAAAAGAGAGACAAGUGACCGGCCGUGUCCAGAUUCAAGUAUCCUAUGAGAACGAACGUAAAGAGCUGAUCGUCUCAGUAUUCACUGCUGAUGAAUUAUGUGCCAGAGAAGAUACUGGUUACGGAACGUUACCCGAAGCAUAUGCCAAGUUGAUCCUAGUCCCAGCUUGGUACGUUCAACAUACGAUACGCGAUCAAGCCACGUUGAAAACUGUGGUGGCUGAGCCAACCCAAAAUCCAAUAUGGAAUUCAACCUUAUUGUUUCCUGGUGUUGACGGUGAAAGUCUAAUGGAUAGAGCGAUCGAAGUAUCUCUUUGGGAUUAUUGUCCUGAGGGUGAUAACGUUUUUCUCGGUGAAUGUACGGUUGAUUUACAAAAAGCAUUGGAAAAUGAUCGUGCCGUUUGGUAUCGAUUGGAGGAUCCACGAGGUCUUCGUUCUGGUAAAUCGCCAUAUUGUUCGCCACGCGGUUCAUUGUCGAUGGAAGUCGCACAAAGAUUCUUAAGAAAGAACGAACUACGUGAGAGAAGUUACAGCGACGAUACACAGAGCGACAGCGGAAGCCCUGAACUUUGUUUCUUACAUCCCGAUCAUGCUUGGCACGUAAAUUCGAGACGUGGCUCCAGCCAGUCGGAACAACUCGAAGUCGAGCCCUAUGAACUUAAUAGGGAUUACAGUAGAUCUUUGCCUGGAAGUCGUCGAAGUAGUUUCCAAAGUCAAUGUGGAACUGAUAGUAAACGUGGAAGUAUGGGUGAGGCAGAUAUGCCGAUCGUCGUACAUUAUAAUCGCGAACGACGACGUAGCUCUUGCACGAGACAGAUGAGAGAUCCUGAAGAAAUAUUAGAAGGCCUUCGUACUUUGAAAGCCGCUAAGGGUGAAUUAAACAGAACUAUGAGUCUUACCGGAGAUAAAAGACGCGGAAGCCGUGAGUAUAAACGGCGGGGUGAGCGCAAAGAGAGCAUCAUGGAUAUUCCUGAAAGAUUCUUGGAUCGAAGUAGUGAAUCGGAUGAGGACGAUAAAUGGAGUCUGGCAGCUAAAACUGAGAAUGGUCUCGACUUGAAGCUAGGACGAGGUCAAGUUCUACCGAAAGGCUUCAAAAUGAUAAGCGGUCCACAAUACGGCGAAGUGAAAUUAGGUUUUUGUUUGAGCAAAGGUACUCUCGAGGUUGAAGUUAUCUGCGCGAGGGACAUCUGCCCAAAGGAAAAGGAUGAACCCGAUACUUACGUGAAGACGUAUUUACGGGACGGUGAAAGAUGGUUGCAGAAAAGAAAGACAAGAGUUAUUCGACACACACGUAAUCCUCAAUAUCGUCAGACCUUGAAAUACAACAGUUGCGAUGCCCUCGGUAGAAAUCUUUUAAUAAUGUUAUGGGCAAAGAAACAAGGAUUUGAGAGUAAUCAAGGUUUGGGUGGAGCCGAAGUGAACCUUGAACUGUUGCCAUUAACUCGUUUGACCGUAGAUUGGUAUACUCUCUUCCCGAUCCAUACGUUAGGCACACAAACAGCAGACUCGCCAUGAUGGCUAAGGGAAAAAUGGGCUCUCGAAGCUGGCGAACUUGACCUCAGAUUGAGUCUUUUACUCAAAGAUGAGGGCGAGUCCGUCGUUAAGAUCAUCUCUUGAUGGAAAUCUCGGCUAAUUGUAUCUUACAAACGAGAACAUUUUAUUUUUCAUGUUUAUUUUUUGAUUAAUAUUUAUUUUAUUUAAAGGAUCACUGUGAGUUAGCAAUGAAAAUUA